AUGGUUUCUGAAUUAUUUGAAAAGAAGGCAGAAGAAGUCAACCAUCUACCAACUAAACCAACUACAGAUGAAUUAUUGAAAUUGUAUAGUUUAUACAAACAAGCCACCGUAGGUGAUUGUAACACUGAAAGACCAGGUGUUUUCAAUAUCAAAGACCGUAAGAAAUGGGAUGCUUGGCAUGCUUUAAAGGGUACUUUGACACAAGAAGAAGCUGCUCAAAAAUAUAUUGAAUUUGUUGACGAAUUGAUUGCUAAAUAUUCUUCAUAA